GGUUUCGCAGAAGAAAAGCUGCUCUAGCUCCUCUUUGAUCGGAACGCUCGCUGAGCUGACAACAAAGUCAUUUGACACCAUGACUGGCUAUUUCUUCACGUCAUGGGAGCUCUGGGAGGAGAUGACCUUCGUCCUCGCCAUGGGGAUUGUGUCUGUCUUUUGCGCAGGUCUAGUCAAGCUUUGGUGGAACAACCGUUUGAUGAAGAAAGAGGAACGGCUCGACGCGGAGAAGCGGGCCCGGGUCGAGGAAAUGCGCAAGUCGGGAAUUCCAAUCAAGCGUGCCAAUGCGGUUCCCUUUGGCGUUAGGGCAAUUCAAAGCGGUGUCGAGGUCGAAGGGAUCUGGAUAUCUCGGCCGGCGUCGCUGAACGAGCUGGGAGAGAAGCUAACUUCCUCGACCACACUAGCUGGCGGCAGAGACUCGGACUCGCAGAAAAAGGGGCAAAUCUCCUCGGAGGAUGAGAAGCCGGUCCGGGUGACCACGACAGCAAACCUCGGCUCCAAGCAAAGCCAAUCGACCGCUUCCGUCUUGCAAAAGCUCACCGACGCCGAAUCGAUGGACAGCUCGAGCUCGGCCGCGCCCCCCCGUCUCGCAGUUCGCGUACAUCAGACAAAUGACGCACUCUUCCCGCUCCCCGGGAACGCUAAACGAAGAUGCCCUGCGCCGACUCGAGGGCCGAUCCCCCUCACCAAUCUGGACCUACGAGACCUAUAUACCAAGCACUACUACCAAAACCUCCUCUCCACACCCGCCCAACCACCCACGCCGCCCCAGCGAGCGGAGCUCGGCGACAUCCUCCUUGGCGGACUCGGUGGAUUUGCAAGCCCGCUCAGCCAGAAGCACCAGCGGCCGGAGCUACGCCUCGUCGCACAGCGCCCAGGUGUACGUGGCAGCGACGGCUCGGUACCCACACGCCCCAGGGCUGCGGCCAUGGUCUGACAAGGAAGGGCGUCGUCCGUCCAACGAGGCGCCGCCGCCUGGCCGGACGUCGAGCGGGUUUUUGGCCUUUUCACCAAAACCAAAGCGACAACACCAACGCCAUCAGCAGCAGGGCGAGACAGGCGCAAGGUUGAGGUCUGGGUCCGGGUCCGGGUCCGGGCCGAGCCAUGAGAUGAUGGCGAUACCCAAACCGACGCUUGGGCCGGGCGAACUGCACUAUAACAGGGCCUCGAGGAGGAAUAAUGGGGCGUAAUGAGGUCCUUAUCUGGCGAGUAGUUCUGGUUGGGGUAAAAGGGGAGGGGGGUGGUGCCGUCGGCGGCGGAGGCGUUAAGAGAAAGCUAUCCUGAGAGCGAUGAGCUGGUGCGGAUCACAGCCGUUAGGCGAACAGGUUGCAGCAGUCCGUAGCCGUCGGCUCUCAUGAGAGGAGCGGGGAAGGUAGCUCAUAGGGGUUGAGGUCGUUUGCUCUUGUGGCGAUAUUUACGAUGGAAAAUAU